CAUUUUGGACACUGCUAAAAUGGAGAGCUACGAAUGCACUGUAACAAUAUUAGACCUCAACGACUAUUGUUUGGAGUCAAUUUUUGAUUAUCUGGAGGGAAAAGAUCUUAUUAAUUUUGCAGAGACCUGUAGCCGGGCUCGGCAGGUGUUCAAGCAUUGGUCCAGUUUUCGUUAUGUCAAUUUCUUUGUUGUUGAGGAGAUUUCUACAUAUGAACUCAAAUUGCUGUCGAUUGUUGCAGAAAAUGUAAGGAAAUUGUGCAUUUAUGUUGAUGAUUUGAAUGUUUUCCUGUCCAGGAACUAUGGCAAAAACAAAAACUAUUUUUUUAACAAGUUCUGUAUGUUAAUAAAUGAUAUGACAAGUCUACAAAGUUUUGGUCUGUGGCAGUAUACAAAAAAAGUUUCUACAAGAAGUAUAUUUUUAGCUCUUCAGAAGAAGAAUUUAAAAAACUUACAAAUUUGCGCUCCGAAAUGCGAAUCAGCUGCUCUGCGGUCCUUCACGGAACUGGAAAUGCUAUCAUUGAACGUGCAGCUGAGCUCCAAGGAUUUGUUGAAAUCGUGCCAGUCAAUGAGACAGCUGCGCGCUCUGCACUUGACGGAUCGAGUGGGCAAUUCAAGCCUUAAGGAUAUCAUAUACCAUUGCUCAAACUUGCAAGAACUUAGUUUCUAUAUAAAAACCAAGAAAAAUAAUAUUAACUGCACAACAUUAAAAGGUACAGGCGCAACAGAUAUAUUUGGUGCCCUAGCGGACAGCGCCAAGUGUUUGAAGUCGUUAAUUGUUCAUGGCAUAAUAUGUGAUCUGAACCAGGCUAAGCAGUUGGCUGGAAUCAGCACCUUAAGGAUACUCAAAUGCAGCUUUGCCAAUGCGGAUUGUGUACUAGCUUUGAGAAAUCUCACUCUUUUGGAAGAGCUACGAAUUUCGUUUAAAUGCGACGUUAAUAUUUCUUCCAUAUAUUUAGAUCUGAUAAGGGAAUGUGCUCAUCUGUAUUUGUUAAGCAUAGUGGAUUUUAAUGUACAACCAGAUUUCGCAAUUAAAGCGGCUGAAGUGCGUAAAGAGUUUGUAAACAGGCGACCUUUGGUGUUGCAAAUCUAUGGACAUCGAAAUUCUACAAUCGAACCAACUGCAGCGGAUAUAGAUAAAAGGCUUGUGAUUUACCGCUGCAUGACUCUUCAGGAGUUACUAAAAUUAUGAAAUAUAUGCUGCUCUUCGUAAAUUGAAUACGACUGGGAUAAUGUCAACAAACAUAUGUGUGAUAUAUAAUAGACAUUUGUGAUAAUUCAUGUGGGAUGCAUGGAAAAUGGAGGAAUAAGAUUGUAAGAAACAAAUUUAUUUGUCAUACAAGCAUACCCGUAUUCCCCUGAAUGGAAAUCGGGGCUCAGCUCUGUAUUCAUAAUUAUUUAUGCGCUAAUUUGUGCGUUUAUUAUUUGGUACUUAUUGUAAAUUACGUACUUAAGUUGUUAUCAACUGAAUACUUAUUUAAAUUUAAUUCUAAUUUAGAUAACGCUUCCGCAGCCCGAGUUUCAAAAUUUCCUUAGGGCCUAGCGCAAGGAAAAACUUCAAAGUUAAAAUCAUAAAAAUGUACAUUACAAUAACAAAAACAUUUUCAAUUAUGCUAAACUUCGAACUGUUAAUUAAAUCUGUCAGAAACAAUUAGGCAUAAUGUUCACUUAAAAGCCACGAACAACGUUUAUAAUUAGAAAUAAUGAAGUAAAAGAAAAAAUACAAUUAUUUACCGGGCAAACGAGUAUUAUAUCUACAGAAGACAUUGUUAUAUCAAUGUCAAUUGAUGAGGUUGACUAUGAGAGACCCUCUACACAGUUCAAAUACAAUCGUAUAAUUCUA